AUGCUGCACCUGAAAGUCCAGUUUCUGGAUGACUCCCAGAAGAUCUUUGUAGUUGAUCAAAAAUCCUGCGGAAAAGGGCUGUUCAACCUCACCUGCGGCCACCUCAACCUUGCGGAGAAGGAAUACUUUGGGCUGGAGUUUCGCAGCCAGGCUGGGAACCACGUCUGGUUGGAUCCACUAAAACCCAUAACAAAGCAAGUCAAAAAUCCUAAGGAGGUUCUUUUCAAAUUUAUGGUGAAAUUUUUCCCAGUGGACCCCGGCCAUCUGAGAGAAGAGCUGACCAGGUACCUCUUCACCCUCCAGAUCAAGAAGGACCUGGCACUGGGGCAGCUGCCCUGCAGCGACAAGAGCGCGGCGCUGCUUGUCUCCCACCUGCUGCAGUCUGAGCUGGGCGACUUCCACGAGGAGAUGGACCAGCAGCACCUGGCUACCCACAGGUACCUGCCCAACCAGGAGUACCUGGACAACAAGAUCAUGCACUACCACCGGAGACAUGGCGGGAAGACGCCGGCUGAGUCAGACAUUCAGCUGCUGGAUGUGGCCAGGAAGCUGGAGAUGUACGGGAUUCGCCCGCACCCUGCCAGCGACGGCGAGGGGACGCAGAUCAACCUGGCCGUGGCACACAUGGGGGUGCUGGUCCUGCGGGGCAAUACAAAGAUCAACACAUUCAACUGGUCCAAAAUUCGCAAACUGAGUUUCAAGAGGAAGCAUUUUCUCAUCAAGCUCCAUGCAAACAUCUCUGUAAAGUCCCAGGGGAAAACCAAACCGCUGGGGCUGGGAAGGGGCAGGGAUGGCUCUGAGCCUCCCCUUUAUGCCGGCCCUGGCUGGAUACGAGGGGGUCAUGCCCAACAGCUGCUUUUCCUGGAGAGACUGCUGCCUCGCGGGAGGACACAGAGGCAGCUGCUGGAGCACGGGAGGAAGGCGAAGAUGAAGAGCCUGCCCUUUGAGAGGAAGCACUACACGUCCCGCUACGAUGAGAGGCAGUGCCGCUCCUCUCCGGACCUCCUGACGGACGUCUCCAAGCAG